UUUAAACACUCUUGACAUCAAUGAUGAAUAUUGUGAAGUUCUUGAUCAUCGCUAUCGUUGGGACCAUCUCGGUGGCUUUAUGUCCAACAUUUGUCCAAUCUCGAAAGACAAAAUGUGACUGGCUGGGUGGGAAUUGCAUCAAAGGUGGAGAAGAAGAGACCAUGAAGAUGAGUUCUGGUCUGGAUGUGAGCCGUAGGGUCUUGCAAGCGACACGAUAUAUAAACUACGAUGCAUUGAAGCACAACGUACCAGCAAAACAACAUGGUCAACGAGACCGACCGGAUAAUCCAUACCGGCGAGGUUGUACUCUCGCUACAAAAUGUUACCGGCUUACGGAUUAAACAACAUAAAUACAAAUUUCUAUUUUUUUUGCAACACAAAAAAAAAACUGUUUCUCUUUCCCCCUUAAUAUUUACUUUUCUGUUAAUGUAUUUUGUAUUAUUACCUUUGAUUGGUAUCUUCAGUAAUAUUAAAUUUUUCUACUAUCUUCAGUAAGAUCUAAUUCACAUGGGUCAAAGAAAAAUUGCACAUAUAACUAACUGAAUUGUAUAAUUUACAGCUACUAUGAUAAAACUAGAACUGAGGGAAAAAUACAAAAUUUUGGAAUUUUAAUUUUACGAUGAUUACGAGAACUUCUCGACAUAUUUGAGGAAGAAUUGUUGAAAGGAUUAUUUUUUACUAUAUUCACUUUUAAUAAAAAACUAUAGAAGGAUAAUUUAUAUUGUAGAGUAAGAAUCUCCAUAGCCAAUCUAAAGCCAAACAUAACACUUCAUUCAGAACACUACAAUAAAUAUCAAAGGCAUGAACGCAACAGCUCUCUCAGCGGAUAUAUCCCGACGAAUGUCCAGACAAACUUCUAUUAAAUAUCCUUCACCAUUUUUUUAAAUUUAGGAUAAAUAUAUUAAUUUGAUUCUAAAGGUGCAUCUGAGAGUUACAUCGGGACGGUGUACCGCAAAAAGUUGUUUUUAGGUUACAGAAAAUAGAUCUAAUCCUUUUUUUUUUGCUAAAAUAAAUAGAUCUAAUCCUUAAUAGUAAGAUUAUACAAGAG